AUGUCUAAAAACCUCGCCGUCGACUUUUUUCCCAAUGGUCAAGCGGUUAUACUUGCGGCUAAAGCACAAGCAUUGGCGCAUUACCCGCACGCCCGAGUAGCAGGCGGUUUAAUUUUCGUGUCGGGGAUAUCUUCGCGAAAGUUAGAUAAUACAUACGAAGGGGUAACUGAACUAUCAGACGGUACAUUUCAAUUAGACAUUCGAGCACAGACACGAGCAGUUCUUGAAAAUAUCAAGGGAAUUCUCGAAUCUAUUGACGCGUCAUUAAAAAAUCUAGUUGAUAUUACCGUGUUUCUCGUGGACAUGAGAGAUUACGCGGCAUUUAAUGAGGUGUAUAACGAAUAUUUCGAGGCGGAGACCGGACCAUCUCGGACUACUGUCGCUGUAAAGCAAUUGCCCUCGCCAAAACUAUUGAUUGAGAUUAAAGCUGUUGCAUUGGCACCGUGA